GUCAGCCUGGGGUCUUGGAGGUGUUGAGUAGAUGUUGGAUUUGAACUUGAUCUUCUUCUUAAUCUUUUCUGUGUGACAUCACAAAGACUUUUGGGGUAUAAAAGUCAGAACUUUAAAUGUCCUCUCCCUCCUUUGAUUGACAGAGGUAAUAAUCGCCAACUAUUUUGGGUUAAGGGAUUUUGUUGGAUCUAUUGCUAUGAAAAAAAUAUGACAUGAAUUUAAAAAUAUCAAAUCAUUAUUCUUUUUGUUUUUCUACAUACUUUUGCACUCUGGUUGAAGAUGUACUUUUCUACUGCAGGGUAACUCAAUCUACAUACUGCAGAUCUUUAAAUAUCUCCUCUGAAAACCUCCCACCAGCCACGUGAUGUAAGGUGAGACGUCCCCAGUCCAGUACACUGACCAGUCUGAAGCGAUCCGUGGACUGAGAUCAGGGUCAGUCAGUGCUUCAAUCUCAAAACUUCACAUUGCUCUUCCUUUUAACUCUUUGAGGAAAUAUCUGCUGACUGAUCUUUCUUCCCUCGGGGGGAUUUCUGAGGUGAGUCCCCAAGUCAGUAAUUUUCUUUUCUCCUUUCUUUUAAACCACUCAACUUUUUUUGGCUGGCUUACCCAAAGCACCUUGCAGUGAAUGGAGAAUAUACUGGUUCUGCUCCCGAAGCACCGACAGGAACACAAGAUCUGCAGACGCACAGCAUCUUGUGCCUUACUGCAGGUUUUUUACUGCAGAUCCACUCUCGCCUGGUCUUCGAUAGUGACCACUGCACACCGUAAGCCUCUUUAAUGGGAUACAUUAGUUGGACUGAUAAGGUUCACAAUCAUAUCAGGUGGCCACAUCCAUUCUGACAUCCUUGAAACCAGUCAGCUGAGGACACCUGACCUUUUCCCACUAAGCACAUUGUGUUUCAAAGGUGUCCGCAUGGUACUUUGGUCGAAAGAACAAGACAAGCUCCCUGACAUGGACAUGUCCUCUGGGGCGAAUGAGAUAAAGAAGGAGGGAGGCACCCUGACCCCAGUCUUCCUGAACUCUAACUGUUCCGUCCAUCCAUUGAUCCUCACCAAUCGCCCUGGAGAGGUGAGCCCGGAGAGUGGGGUUGAGCUGGAGCUUACUGAGGUCACAUCCUUCACAGAGAGGCCAGGUGAGACUGGAGAUGAUGAAGAGAGGUCAGAGAUAGUUGUAGCAAUGGACUGCCGGGCUAAUGCAAAGGGUCAGCGUGAAGAGGACGCUCUGCUGGAGAACGCAAGCCAGAUCAACGGAAGCGAUGAUACCAGCAUGGAUCAGAGCCCCGAGCCUCCACCUCCGCUGAAGGAGUCCUCUUUCUCCAUUGGCCUGCAGGUUGUCAUCCCGUUCUUGCUGGCUGGCUUUGGGACGGUGGCGGCAGGAAUGGUGCUCGACAUUGUACAGCACUGGACAGUGUUUCGGAAGGUCACAGAGGUGUUCAUCCUGGUUCCAGCACUGCUGGGCCUUAAAGGAAACCUGGAGAUGACACUGGCCUCUAGACUCUCCACAGCGGCUAACAUUGGUCAGAUGGACACAGCCAAGGACAUGUGGAAGAUGAUCAUGGGAAAUUUAGCACUCAUUCAGGUCCAGGCCAUCGUUGUGGGGUUCCUGGCAUCCAUAGCUGCUGUGAUCUUUGGCUGGAUCCCAGAGGGACACUUUCAGCUGGGUCACGCUGUGCUGUUGUGUGCCUCCAGUGUGUCCACGGCCUUCAUAGCCUCUCUGCUGCUCGGGCUCAUCAUGAUUGGUGUGAUCGUUGCAUCCAGAAAAGUGGGCAUCAACCCUGACAAUGUGGCCACACCUAUUGCUGCUAGUCUAGGUGACCUGAUCACCCUCUCUCUGCUGGCCGGUAUAUCAACAGGACUGUACAAGGAACUAGAGUACAAUGACUAUGCUAGUCCAUUGGUGUGUGCGGCGUUUGUGGCGAUUUGUCCGCUGUGGGUGUUCAUAGCCAGAAAGAUCCCAUCAACCAGGGAGGUCCUGUACUCGGGCUGGGAGCCCGUCAUCAUCGCAAUGGCCAUCAGCAGUGUCGGAGGUCUGAUCCUCGACAAGACAGUCACCAACCCGAACUUUGCCGGCAUGGCUGUCUUCACUCCGGUCAUCAACGGUGUCGGGGGGAACCUGGUUGCAGUUCAGGCCAGUCGGAUCUCCACCUACUUGCACAUGAAUGGUCUCCCUAUGGGAGAUCCAAACCCAAACCCCAGGAAGUGCCCCACGCCCUGCUCCACCUUCUUCGGAUCCACGGUAAACUCUCGCUCGGCCCGUGUGCUCUUCUUCCUGGUCGCCCCAGGUCACCUCGUCUUCCUCUACACCAUCAACUCCCUGAGGGGCGGGCACACCACCCUGACACCCAUCUUCAUCACCUUCUACCUGUCUGUUGCAUUACUGCAGGUGAUGAUUCUCCUCUACCUGGCAGACUGGAUGGUCCACUGGAUGUGGGGCAGAGGGAUGGACCCUGACAACUUUUCCAUCCCCUACUUGACGGCCGUGGGGGAUCUGCUGGGGACUGGCUUCCUGGCCCUCUGUUUCCACAUGCUCUGGUUUAUCGGGGACAGAGACUCUGAUGUGGGCAACUGAUUGCAUCCACAAAAAUGCGCAAGAUAUUACAUGUAUGGUGGCACACAUCACCUGUUUGUCUGAGAGUGGACACGUUCAAUAAAAGAGCUAAUUUGCUGUA